AUGAUAAAACAAGUCAUGGGCAGCAUCCGGGUAAACAGGUACAGCAUUGUUUCCACUGAAGAGGAUGGGCACAAAGUCUCCUCCCUUGGCAGCAUUAACGAACACAGCCGGAAUGGGAAAGGUCAUGCCCCUCGACGGAAACGACGUAACCGUUUUGUCAAAAAGAACGGCCAGUGCAAUGUCUAUUUUGCUAACCUAAGCAACAAAUCUCAACGUUAUAUGGCUGACAUCUUCACUACCUGCGUGGACACUCGUUGGCGCUACAUGCUCAUGAUCUUUUCAGCAGCCUUCUUGGUAUCGUGGCUAUUCUUUGGCCUGCUGUUUUGGAUCAUUGCCUUCUUCCAUGGUGACUUAGAUGUCCCAGGGGCAGGAAGUGGUUCUGUUGCUACAAAAUUCUGCAUCAAACAUGUCAAUGGGUUCUUGGGAGCUUUCCUCUUCUCAGUGGAGACCCAGACAACCAUUGGUUAUGGUUUCCGAUAUGUGACUGAGGAAUGCCCGCUAGCCAUCAUGGUGGUCGUGGUACAAUCCAUUGUAGGCUGUGUUAUUGAUUCUUUCAUGAUUGGCACCAUUAUGGCAAAAAUGGCACGUCCCAAGAAAAGGGCCCAGACCCUACUCUUCAGCCAUCAUGCUGUCAUCUCUCUGCGGGAUGGCAAACUCUGCCUCAUGUGGCGGGUGGGGAAUCUAAGGAGGAGCCAUAUUGUGGAAGCUCAUGUUCGGGCCCAGCUUAUAAAACCCUAUAUGACAGCAGAAGGUGAGUAUCUUCCAUUAGACCAGAGAGAUCUGAACGUGGGCUAUGACAUCGGCCUUGACCGUAUCUUCUUAGUGUCUCCCAUUAUUAUUGUACAUGAGAUCGAUGAGGAAAGUCCACUCUAUGGGAUGGGCAAGGAAGAGCUGGAGAGGGAGGACUUUGAGAUUGUUGUUAUCCUUGAGGGUAUGGUGGAAGCAACAGCCAUGACCACUCAGGCUCGCAGCUCCUACUUGGCUAGUGAGAUCCUUUGGGGCCAUCGUUUUGAGCCUGUUGUCUUUGAGGAGAAGAAACAUUAUAAGGUGGACUACUCACGUUUCCACAAGACUUAUGAGGUGGCUGGAACCCCUUGCUGCUCUGCUCGAGAAUUGCAAGAGAGCAAGAUUACCAUCCUGCCUUCACCUCCUCCACCUCCCAGUGCCUUCUGCUAUGAGAAUGAGUUGGCUCUUGUCAGCCAGGAUGAAGAUGAGGAGGAGGAUGACUUGGAUGUAGGAGUAGAUUUAGGAGGAGGUCCAAAGGAUGAUGCAGGAGUCAUACCAAUGAUGGAGUUUGGGAGCCAUAUGGAUCUGGAUCGGUUGCAGGUCUCCAUUCCUCUGGAUGCACUCUCAUACCGUAGGGAAUCAGCCAUCUGA